CGCCUGGGGCUCCAAGGACAAGUGCUUCACCAAGAUGUACACGACGAGCGGGGAGUGCUGCAAAGCCUGCAACCUGGGAGAGGGGGUGGUGCAGCCCUGCGGGGUCAACCAGACCGUCUGCGAGCCCUGCCUGGACAGUGUCACCUACUCGGACACAGUGAGCGCCACGGAGCCGUGCAAGCCCUGCACGCAGUGCGUGGGGCUGCAGAGCAUGUCUGCCCCCUGCGUGGAGUCGGACGACGCCGUGUGCCGCUGCGCCUACGGCUACUACCAGGACGAGCCCAGCGGGAGCUGCAAGGAGUGCCAGGUCUGCGAGGUGGGCUUCGGCCUCGUGUACCCCUGCCGGGACAACCAGGACACCGUCUGCGAGGAGUGUCCCGAGGGCACCUUCUCCAGCGAAGCCAACUUCGUGGACCCCUGCCUGCCCUGCACCACCUGCGAGGAGAACGAGGUGAUGGUGAAGGAGUGCACGGCCAUCUCGGACGCCGAAUGCAGAGACCUUCACCCUCGCUGGACAACACACACGCCAUCCCUGGUGGGCUCUGACAGCCCCGAGCCCAUCACCAGGGAUCCCUUCAACACCGAGGUGAUGCCCAGCACCCUGGCAGACACCGUCACCACCGUCAUGGGCAGCUCGCAGCCCGUCGUGAGCCGCGGCACCGCCGACAACCUCAUCCCCGUCUACUGCUCCAUCCUGGCGGCCGUGGUGGUGGGGCUGGUGGCCUACAUCGCUUUCAAAAGGUGGAACAACUGCAAACAGAACAAGCAAGGGGCCAACAACCGCCCGGUCAACCAGACGCCUUCUCCGGAGGGGGAGAAGCUGCACAGCGACAGUGGCAUCUCGGUGGACAGCCAGAGCCUGCACGACCAGCAGCCACCCAACCAGAGCACCCAGGGGCCAGCACCCAAGGGAGACGGGAACCUCUACACCACCCUGCCGCCCAGCAAGCAGGAGGAGGUGGAGAAGCUGCUGAGCAGCUCGACGGAGGAGACGUGGAGGCAGUUGGCCGGGGAGCUGGGCUACAAAGAGGACCUCAUAGACUCCUUCACCCGGGAGGAAUCGCCCGCCCGGGCUCUCCUGGCCGACUGGUCCUCUAAGGAGACGGCCACCCUCGACGCCCUGCUCGCUGCCCUGCGCAAGAUCCAGCGCGGGGACAUCGCCGAGAGCUUGUACAGCGAGUCCACCGCCACCUCCCCCGUCUGAAGGGUGGCCCGGGGUGGCCCCGCGGGGUCCCCUUCCCCCUUCUCCCCCUCGCCUCCCCCCUCCCUGGCACCAAGAGCCCUGGAGGGGAGGGUGAGAAGGAAGCGGGGGCUCCCCGGGCUCCCUCAAUUUACAGCCCUGUAUGCACUGAGCUCCUGUUUUCGGUAUCGCCCCCUCCCAGCGCCGCCUCCCCCCGGGACCCCAUAAGUGGGGUGGGUGCAGGGCUCGCUGUCCCUCGAUGCCUGAAGCCCAUCUGCCUCCGGAGCAUCAUCUGCAUCCUCGCAAGGCUGGAGGGAUGCAGGAACGAGCACCUCGCUCUCAGCCCUCUCCUCUCUCCCCUUCCAGCCCUUCUCCUUCCUCCUUGGGGCUCCAUUUCUCCUCUUCCUCCCACCCUUCCUCCUUGGCCCACCCUGCCGUUAUCUCCUGCUCCCCUCCAAUGCCCUGAAAUCCAGCUGCUUCCCCCCAAACUGCAGGCGAAGGGCAGGGCUGGGAUGGGCACGGAGAGAACCGGAGCUUCUCUACUGGGAUCUGGGGAAGGGGCUGGUCCCACGGCCAGGUUGUGCCACGGAGAGGGGGUGGGCUGGGGGAAAGGACUUGGCUUCCGGCAGCCCAACCUACACUGUGAAAUUUGGGGGACGCAGCCCCCAUGUACAGUCCCCAGAGGCUGCCAGCGUUUGGGCUGGGCGAGGAGCUGCGGGGACCACCUCAAUGUUGGAGACCAGGUGUCUGGGUGCCACCACCUCCCUGGUGCUGGAGAUCCACAGGAGGACACCGAAGGUCCAAAGGGCUGAAAAAGUGCCUGCCCACAACGGGGACACGAUGAAAGGGCUCUGCUCAUCCUUCCCCUGGCACCAACCCCAGUGUCCCCGUGCUGCACCCACCCAGGAGCAAAGCCCCCCUGCUGCCAUUGCACUGUCCCUGCUCGCCCGCAGACCCAGACGGGGCUGGUGGUCCUGACCCCUGCUUGUAAGGGCUUCUUCUCCUCCAGCACUGUGAAGGAGGGGCUCAGAAACACCCCUGCCUGCUCCCCGUGGGCUCUUCACCUCCAUCUGGGUGCUGCCCACCCUCCGUGCACCGACUGCCUCCCUGGGGCAUCCUUGGGUGGCCGCAGCACCUCCCUCUGCCUGGACCCCACCGCAGCCCUGGGGAGGGGACAUCGCUCACCGAUUCCACGUCUCCAGAGCUAUAAAUGCAUUUCCUUGGCAUAUCAGCUCCCUGCCCAGCACCCAGCUCACUCAUGGGUGAUGCUGGGGAGCAGCCUGUGGGUGGGUGAGUACCCCAUUCCCCCAGUGAGCUGUCACCAUGGUUCUGGGGCAUGUCCCCAACACCAGGUACAGCUUUGACAUCUCACUUGCCUGGAGCAUCACGAACUUUUUGCAGAGGAAGGACUGCAGGUACAUCCGUGCCUCUGGACUCCCCCUUCACCUCUGGAUUCAUCCAGAAACUCUUUCCUGAAGGCAGAAGGUGAUUUUCUUCCCCUCCUUAAGGAGAUAAGCAAGACUUGUAAAUAGUACUGUCGUGCCCCUGGUGAGGCCUCAUCUGGAGCACUGGGUCCAGUUCUGGGCUCCCCAGUUCCAGAAGGACAGGGAACUGCUGGAGAGGGGACAGCAGAGGGCUACAGAGAUGAUGAGAGGCCUGGAGCAUCUC